AUGCAAUUAAUUCAAGAUUUUAAUAAGGUCACGGUCAAACACGUCUCAAGGAGUAUGAACACUGAAGCCAACAGCUUGGCUCAGGCCUCUACAGGCCUGAGGUUAGCUCCAGAAACUAUUCGUAAGAUUAUGACAGUCCAAAAGAGAUUGUUACCUUCUGUAAGGAGAAGAGGUCUAGGACUGGAAGUAUUUACUUAUGAUUUCACGGGAGAAGAGUUAGACGAUGAGCUCGAGAACGAUUGGCGUACACAUAUUAUUUCUUUCCUCAAGAGGCCCCAUCAUAGAGCCUCAAGGAAAUUAAGAAGAAGAGCUAUGAGCUAUAUCCUCGUGGGUGAUGAAUUAUACAAGAAAAGCUUUGAGGAUGACUUACUUUUAAGGUGUUUAGGGCACCCUGAGGCCAUGAGGGUCAUGAGUGAGGUCCACGAAGGAAUCUGUGGAGCCCAUCAAUCUGGGAUAAAGAUGAGAUGGUUGAUCAGAAGAGGCUGGGCCCUUGAUGUGAUUGAAAAAAUUUAUCCGCCCUCUUCUGGAAAUCAUACUUACAUCUUGGUUGCCACAGACUAUUUUACUAAAUGGGCAGAAGCGGUGCCAUUAAAGUCUGUGGAUCAACAAGAAGUAAUCAAGGUGAUCAAGGAAAGAAUCAUCCAUAGGUUUGGACUGCCUGAACACUUGGUUGCAGAUAGGGGUACAAUAUUCAUGGGAGAACAAGUGGUUAAUUUUGCUGCCCAACAAAACAUCAUUAUGUUCAACUCUACUCCUUACUAUGCACAAGGGAAUGGCCAGGCCAAGUCCACCAAUAGGACUUUGGUCAAUAUUAUAGAAAAGAUGGUGGACGACAACCCAAGGGCUUGGCAUGAGUUACUUUCUGCGGCUUUAUGGGCCUACAGAACUUCAAAGAAGGAAGCUACCAAUAUAACCCCUUAUAUGUUGGUGUUUGGACACGACCCAGUCCUACCAAUGGAGGUGGCAAUGAAGUCAGCAAGGAUAGCAUAUCAACAUGGCCUCACUCCUGCAGAUUAUACUCAGGCUAUGUUGGUAGAACUUGAAGACUUAGAUGAAGUUAGACUCACGACCCUUGACCACAUGUUGGUUCAGAAAAGAAGAGUUGCUAGAUCUUAUGACAAACGCGUGAGAAAGAAGAGGUUUUCUAAAGGUGGCUUGGUUUGGAAAGCUGUAUUUCCUUUAGGGGAAAAGAAUUCAAGAUAUGGCAACGGGUCCCCGACCUAG